AUGAGUGGUACCCCUCUUCAUCGAGUGAUCUCGUACGGCCGUGGAGGCGCCGGCAAUAUCGCCCCUCCACAGAAAUCCACAGCGCCCAAGACACCCAAGGAUCUUGCCACGCCGACGAUCAAGCAAGAUAUCUAUACCACCGGUCGCGGAGGAUCGGGGAAUAUGGUGCAGAAUGAUCCGGAGCGUCCAGAGAUCGCGCGCGAGAGUCAAGAUGUCGAGUCACCGCCGCUCCGGGGGGAACAGUACCCCCACCAUACGGGCCGAGGUGGCGCCGCCAAUGCCUACAUCCCCUCGCCCGAGGAGGAAGAACACGCCCGUAAGGAGGAGGCCGAGCUGAUCCGGGUGCGCACACAAUCCAAGGAUCGCAUCAAGGAGAUCGAGCACAAGCGACAGGAGAUGCGCCGGGACUCGCCAUCUUCCUAG